CUCUCUCUGGGUAUGGCGCCGAGCAAGCUAAGGCACUGCCGGCGAUAGGACGAUUCGGUGCUUCCGGAGCUCGGCAUUGUUCUUCUGCUGUCGAUAAUCGGCGCUUGCAAGAGCGAGGUGCAUUCGCAGCGAUGACUGUGAGCGAUCAGACCUCUGUCUAUGUUGGCGGCUUGGCAUACGAUGUCACGGAGGACUUGAUUCGCUCCACGUUCGAGGAGUUUGGAGAAAUCGACAAAGUCAAGAUUAUUCAAGACCACGAUGGGCAGUCCCGGGGCUAUGGAUUUAUCACUUUUGCCACUUCGGAGGCUGCUAAUGGUGCCAUCUACGGAAUGAAUGGAAAGGUUGUUGCUGGACGGUCCAUCAGAGUGAACGAAGUGAAGAACCGGGGUGGCCGUGACUCGUACUCGUACAGAGACAGGGAUAGCCGGAGGGAUAGAGAAGACAGGCGGGACAGAUACGGGCGCUAUUCUCCAAAGCGAAGACGUCGUGACCGCUCUCCUUAUUAUCGUAGAUAUCGGUCUCCGCGAGACGAUACAAGCCGGUCCGUGAGUCCGUCUCCAGUUUCAAGCUACGAUCGCUACGACAGCACCAAAGCUGAGAAAACAAAAACCUCCAAGGAACAUAACGGCGAUAAUAGCAAGGUGAAAGAGGAGCUUGCAAAAGCUCUUGAAUUGCAACGAGAUCGGCGGGAACAGGUGGCGACUUUGCAAAGCGACCUCAACCGUGCGAACAAAACAAGUGAAGAGAUGCUGAACAAGAACAAGGGUCUGGAGCAGUCUCUGGCAAAUGUUACGUCGAUGUUCAACAGCCAUCUUGACUACCUCAGACAGAUGAAACAAGCGUUUGCAGAUGUGAGGAACUGCAAGGAGAAGCUGAGGCUCGCGGAGCAUGACCUCGAGAUGGCGUUCACGGACGCAGUACUUGGCUUCGAAAGUUUGGACCCACCUCUCCCACACUCAAAUGGGGAAAUAAAGUACCUUGAGGCAUCCAAGGGAUUUUGAGGGCGAUGCCAUUACGACUGCUUUGGAUUGUUCUGAGCGACCAGGCUAUCAGUCCAAAGGUACGUUGGUAUUUUAACACAGGCAGCCGUGUUGUUGUUGUACGCAGAUCAAAUACAUGUUUCAUCCUAUUUACACAUA